AUUAAAUUUUGCUAUUGCCAUUUUCCAUUGUGCUUUGCUCAUUUUUCUGAGAAUGGCUGCGUUUGGUAAAAUUGCAAAUCGUGUGCUAAAUUUAACACCGAAUUUCCGGCCUUUACAAAGGAAUUUUCAUAAAUUUCAAAGUGCAAAAAGUGUGCCAAAGAAUUACACAAAAUAUUUAGUGUUUGUUAGUGGUGGUUUGACGGCGUUAAUAUGUACCAAUUAUAUGAAAACCGAGCGUUUGGAUGCAGCAUUUCGUAUGCGGAAGACCGAAGAUGAAAAUUUGCUUAAGAAAUUGACGUCACGUGAACGACGAUUCAUCAAAUUUGCUUCCGUUGAAUAUCGUGGUCAAUUGUAUAUGACACCACAGGACUUUCUAGACUCUGUAGUGGAGCAGGAACCAAGACCACGCCUAAAACGUCGCAUCUUAAGUGAACAGGACUUGCAGGUUAUAAAAGAUAAUACUCCUCCUCUGAAGAAGGGCUCGAAAAUGUUAUUUCGAACACUUCGCGAUAGAGGCAUUGUGUCUUAUACGGAGUAUCUUUUCCUCUUAUCGGUUUUGACUAAACCCAUUUCCGGUUUUCGUAUCGCUUUCAAUAUGUUCGACACCGAUGGCAACCAUCGCGUUGAGAAAGACGAAUUUUUAGUGAUUUUAAAAAUUUUGGGUGGCACUUUCAAACAGUCUAAAGUCGAUGAACAAACACGCAAGCUUUUGUUAAGUCUAAUUUGGACAGCAGAAACUGCGGAGGCGCUAUUUAGGAAAGACAUAAGCAAAUCAAAAGAUCAAAAUAUGGAACGAAUUUUCAGUGGGGUAUGGAAAGGUAAAAGAGGUCCAAAGAAUGAUAAGGAUACAAGUUCAGCUACAGAGGAUGCUAUUAAACGUGCGCAGGAUGACUACAUUGAUGAUGAAGAAGGUCUGCAGCGCAAACACCGCAUCGACACGACACUUCAAAUACAUUUAUUCGGCAAGAAAGGUAAUCAGGAUCUCAACUACGAUGGCUUCUACAAGUUCAUGGACAACUUGCAGACCGAAGUACUUGAAUUGGAGUUCAAUGAAUUCUCGAAAGGCAAUGUUGCGAUUACUGAAAACGAUUUUGCCAAAAUUCUACUACGUUACACAUAUUUGAAUGCCGAGGAAUAUGAUGCAUACUUGGAGCGUUUAAUGGAUCGCGUUAAGGUGGAGCGUGGCAUCACUUUCGAGGAGUUUCGUGAUUUUUGUCGUUUCCUCAAUAAUUUGGAGGACUUCGCCAUCGCUAUGCGCAUGUACACGUUGGCUGACCGCGCCAUUUCGCAAAGUGAAUUUUCGCGCGCCGUCAAAAUCUGCACUGGUUUCAGUCUCAGCAAACAUUUGAUUGACACAGUUUUCGCCAUUUUCGAUGACAACGGCGAUGGUAUGCUGUCGUACCGCGAAUUUAUUGCAAUUAUGAAGGAUCGUGUGCAUCGUGGCUUCAAAGUAAGUCAUUGGAAAAUUGUUGAAUACAAUGCCGUUAAUGAUAAAUAUAUCGAGGCGGCUAAUCCGCUGUUUUCGGUGUGGCGACAACGUGUCUGCCGACGAUUAGACCAUUUCAAGGAGAAAGAUUUUUUCUCGUAAAUUAAAAUUAUUUAAAAUUUUUUUUUGAAAGCUGGCUUUAUAAGUUACCAGAAAUCAAUGUAAUUGAGUUGUGUUACUUUUCGUCUAUUUAACCUAUCAGUUUUUUUUUUACUUUGAAUGUGCCAUCGAAUAAUUUAUAUUUAUAUCUAUAGUUCAUAUGCUGCAUAUACAACGAUUUGAUUAAGCUUAAUUAUGAGGAUUUAUUUUUUACGCUAGAUUUUCCUUCUCUAAUUACUAUCAUGUAUUUUAUUAGCAUACCGUUGAUAUUUUAAAUUUUUUACAAUACACCAAAUUUUAUUUUUUAAUAUUGUUUUCUUUUAUUAAAGAGUUUAUACAUAAAUGUAUUUAAAAUUUAACGAAAUCAACAUUGAUUUGUUGUAAUAUGAUAAUUUUAUCGAAAAGGCUUUGGCCUGAAACUAAAAACAGGUGCCUAUAACUGAAAAUAUCUUGCUUUAAACAGUUUUCAUUACUAUACUACACCUUCUUUAAAUUUGUCCAAAUACUAGUUAAUAAAAAACAUCACCUAUAUAAUUAUAAAAACAACUAUUUAAAUGUUACCUUAGUUGCAUUAUAUAAUAUUUUAAAAUGUCUGCAUAUUUCACUAACUCGCAACUCAUUUGUUCAAUUAAUUACGUAACAUAAAAUAUUUAAUCAUUGUGCUUGCUUGUUUGAUUUUUCCUCAUAAUUUUCAAGUUUAUUAAUGUACACGAAUAAAAAAUGUAAUAACAGUAAAAACGCA